UCAGCUACAGCGCUGGGAUCAGCGCGUGCGAGAAGGGCGAGCAGUGGCAGGGGGCGCUGGCGCUGCUCAGCGAAAUGUGGGAGGCGGGGCUGGAGCCGGACGUCAUCAGCUACAGCGCUUUGAUCAGCGCGUGCGAGAAGGGCGAGCAGUGGCAUCGGGCUCUGGCAUUGCUGAGCGAGAUGUGGGAGGUGAGGCUGGAGCCCAACCUCAUCUCUACAACGCUGGGGUUAGCGCGUGCGGGAAGGGCGAGCAGUGGCAGCGGGCUCUGGCGCUGCUCAGCGAGAUGCGGGAGGCGACGCUGGAGCCCGAUGUCAUCU